CCGAAGCUGCCAGCAGGCAGAUCAUGAUCCAUCAGCUCCGGUGGGGCAGGCUGUAGGACAGACAACCAAAGUCACCCACGGAAGGAGCGGCCAGUGUACCAGGCACCAUGGGACAGUGUCGGUCAGCCAAUGCUGAGGAUGCCCAAGAAUUCAGUGAUGUGGAGAGGGCCAUUGAGACGCUCAUCAAGAACUUCCAUCAGUACUCUGUGGAGGGUAGAAAGGAAACGCUGACCCCCGCUGAACUGCGGGACCUGGUCACCCAGCAGCUGCCACACCUCAUGCCGAGCAACUGUGGGCUAGAAGAGAAAAUUGCCAACCUGGGCAACUGUAAUGACUCGAAGCUGGAGUUUGGAAGCUUCUGGGAGCUGAUCGGAGAAGCAGCCAAGAGUGUGAAGAUGGAGAGCCCUGUUACUCGGAGCUGAGGGACCUCUUCUUGGAAUUUGGUGGGGGUG